AUGAAGUUGAAUCUGCAGCAGGUAACCAGCUAUCUAUCGGUUUUCAUAUUACAAUACUUGUAUGUUCUGAUUGGGUUUGUCUUCUUUUUUUAUAGUGAGUACGGAUUGGUUCCCAGAACCACCGACAUGAAAUUCAAUAUCAAGAAUGGAAGCAUCGCUAAGGCACAUGUGGCAGAUGAAGUUGUCAGUGGCGUGGAGUGUCUCUCCAUCGCGUUUCUUUUACCUACGGUUGUCAUCAUAGUUCAUUGUUUAGUAGGCAGGAUCUCGAAGAAAAGGUUAUCUGUAUCCGAGGCAGGGGACAAGAAAGGUAACUCAUACAUGCUCUCCAGACUGAGUUUUAUUCCACCCCAACUGCACGUGUUGCAGUUAAGCUUACUGUGCCUGGGUUUGAUUUUGACAGUCAACGGAACCAUAACCAACAUUUUGAAACUUUCUAUCGGCAAUGCAAGACCCGAUUUCCUCGAUAGAUGCCAGCCUGACAUACCAGCAGAGAUGAAGGACCAAGAGUGGUUCACUCUAGACAUUUGCAAGCAGGCAAACCAUGAUUUUCUUUACGAAGGAUUGAAGAGCACCCCAAGCGGCCAUUCGAGUUUCAUCAGUUGCAGCAUGGCGUACUUAUUCUGGUGGCAGACGUACUUCCUCAGCACCAGCAAGUCCAAGCACUUCUGGUGUCUUUUGCUUGCUGCUGUUGUGAUCGUCUCGAGAUUGACAGACCAUAGACAUCAUUGGUAUGAUCUGCUGUUCGGGACCGUUGUAGGGCUAGCAUCAUUCUUUUUCGCAAGAACAUUAAUUUUUGACAACAAGAAGGUGGAUCAACUAUUGCCCACCACCAAGAACUAA